GAAGUACGUUGUUACCUUUCUCGAACUCGCCCAUCCCUUGCACACUGGGAUUCUAAUCGUCCAUAAAUCAAGCUAAAAGUUUGAAUAAGACGGUAUAGGCUACGAAUUUGGCUGUUUGAAACCCAGAAGCAAAUCUUUUUACUUUAUUUAAAAUAUCGUCAAUCAAACUUAGCGUCUAACUUUGCAACGGCCUCGCUAUUAAGGCGGAUCAUUAUUAUGAUUUCGUCGGUAGCCAUUAGUUGCUGCAUCGCGUUGGUGACAUGGGCCCUGCUCUCUACUUCAGCAGCGUCCAUGAUGCUUGACUCUCAUUCGGAUCAUGUCAAGCUUGGAUCUAAGCUUGAACAUGAGGAAAUCCUUUAUCCGGAUUACCAAGAGUAUCUUGGCCUCAAGCCACCACCUGCAGUGCUCCACGAUUUACCUGAGAGCCUUGAACACAUGUCAUGGCAUCUUAUCAAUGAAUACCAGGCGCGGGAUAUUACAAAUGAACACAUGUCAUGGGAUCAUACCAACCGGUCACUCGUGAUUGACCAGAAACAAAAAAGGAAGAAAAGACAAAGAUGGCACACUCGCCGAAAAAAUGGUUCGCAACACAACUACAGUACUUCUCCACUCAUGACUUUCGUCGCUAAUCCUUUUUCUUACAUACGGCAGACAUGGAACGAAGCUUGGGGUGGAACUUCUCGUUUGAUGAGCUCUUCUAACGUAGGAUACGUGUGGGCAGUGCCCCUGGCGGGCAUGUUUCUCUACGAUCUUUUCGUGCCCAAGAUUGUGCGGGUCAGGCGGAGCCUGGGGCAGUCAGACGUAAUGCAAAACUUGAGCUACGUUGACGAAGCAUUUCAGACAGUGAACCGCUUAUUGUCAGAACGCCGUCACGACAAGCAAGAUACAAGUUUAGGUUCGAAAGAUGGUGCAUGGGGCGUCACGGCUCAAUGCAAGCGGAUCGAAAAAGCUUGCUAUCUAUCACGAUGGAUCCGAAUGAAAACGAGUGGCAUGGAAAGACUGGUCAUGAUCUGGCUUGAGCAGCAGUCGCCAGCGCUGCGAAGAUCCCAAGUAUACAAGGCCUUCACUGACGGCCUAGCAGGAAACUCGUGCGGUAAAUGGACGUGUCCGUGAGUGGAAAAACGGUCGAGUUACAUUAUGUCACUAAUCGAAAUGAUUACCUUAGUCGUCAAGUUCACCUAUCCGUUAUAGUGAAGUAGGGAAGUUAUUUAUAGUGUUAUAGUGAAUAUACAGUGUUAUAGUGAAUAUAGUGUUAUAGUGAAGGACACUAGAUAAACUAGCAACAAAAUUUCGAGAUAAGGAAUGGUGAUUUUGAAACUGUCGGACAUCUAGAAGAAUGUCAAACGUGAACUUCAACAGCAAUUCUGGACUUUUUAAAUCUAAAAAUCUUCUAUCUACCAAAUAAGUAGAUUCAAGUCAAUAGCAGUUCUCUAGUUUAUUGUUCAUGUGUCUUACAUUUAGCUACUUCUAUCAGACAUUCAUUCUCAAUGGUAAUUGAUUUGAAAUGAACUACACACAAGUACCGACGAGUGCACCAAUAAAAGUAUUACUUAAGGAAUAAAACGCUACUUGUUCAACACUUUAUUUCGUGCAGUAAUCACUUGCAGCACUAUUACAAUAAAAGGAAAAUCCUGCAUCUGCAUGUAUACCUUACAUUUUAUAAAUGCGGAAGCAGCAAAAUCUACUAAGCUGGGCAAGAAAGUUCAUAGAAAAUUUCAAGGUGCUUGUCAGUUGUGCCUAAAUAAGGA